AUGUCUCUCAGUUCACAACAAUCAUUUCAACAAGAACUUACCAACGAUACUCCAACUGAACAAAACAGUGCAGAUCAAUUGUAUCAAUCACCGAAAGAAACACAUCAAACAGUGUAUACUACUCCAACAAAAACAUCAACACUAAAUGAGAAUCAAGCGCAUGGUGAAAUACCGCCAUUAGUCAACUUUCUGAGUUGCUAUGUUAGUCUUACACGAUAUCAGGAAGAUAAAGGUAUCAAUAAUCCUGUUAUAAAUACUGAAAAAGAUCUUGACAUCGAGCCACAACAGUUGCAAAAAGAAGAAGGCAACAAGGCACUAUCAUCACAUGAUGUAGAUUCAUAUCUAGAACAUAAGAAUCCAAUGAAUACUAUGAUUAUUAUUGAUCGGCCAUGGUAUACAAACUAA